AUGUCAAAGUGGCAAUCAGAACGCAGCAUUCACGAAAUGUUAAAGGAUACUCCUCCACUUCGGGAAUCAAGUGAUUCCAUUACAUCGGGAACUGAGGCCAAGUUUUCAACUUCACGUUCCAUGAGCUUCCCACCUGGUUAUGCUCCACCUGAAGUAACAGCUAAUGGAGCUAGUGGCAGCAGCACUCUGCUCAGAUCAGGUUCCACUAAACUCGAGCAUAUCAAGAAUUGGAGUGUCUCAACAUACAAGUGCACCAAGCAACUGCUGUAUGAGAAACUGGGCAAAAGCUCACGUACUGUGGAUACUGAAUUGGAAGCCCAAAUAGAGAUGUUACGCGAGACACAACGUAAGUAUCUUAAUGUGCUUCGACUGAGUACUGCGUUGGCAGCACAGCUAUCGGCGGCUGCCUACACACAAAGAGCAUUAGGCGAAGCAUUUGCAGAGCUUGCACAGAAAUCACCUGAGCUACAGACACAAUUCUUAUAUAACGCCGACACGCAACGGUCACUCACUCGUAAUGGAGAGACAUUAUUGGCAGCUCUGCAUUUCUUCAACAACUCACUCAACACUCUGACCAACAAGAGCAUGGAAGACACAUUGCUCACGAUACGACAAUAUGAGGCUGCUAGGGUAGAGUACGACGCAUAUCGCAGCGAGCUGGAGACACAUGGGGGCUCACCACCUGAAGGUUUGAUGGCCAACAUUGAGCGCCACCGAUCAAUUUAUGCUCGCCUAAGGGAUGACUCGGCUGUGAAGCUGAAAUUGCUUCAUGAGAAUCGGGUAAAAGUGAUGAAUAAGCAACUACUACUUUUUCACAACGCGAUAUCGGCCUACUUCAGCGGUAAUAAUGUUGCAUUAGAGGCGGCAGUGCGGCACUUCAGUGUGCCAGGGGCCACGCCAUCACAGCCUGCACCCCCAGCAACUACUGCAACACAGCUAACUACCACUUCGACUGCUGCUGCACCUCCUCGGUCAACUUAA